GGAGCUCUAGCUUAAAGAUAAGUGGCUGAUGUUCUUCUGUUCAUCACACGAUAUUGGGUGUUUUAUCCUCUAAAAUCGAUGGCGAUGUUUCUAACAAAACGUAUGCCACCCUCACACUCCACAAUUAUACAGGGUUGUGAGGAUUAAAUGGAAUCUAGGAUAGAAAUUUAAGACAUGUUUAGACAUAAUUCCAUGUUUGUUCCAUAACAUUCAUGGCUGGUAGCAAUGGGAUGCUCCUACGCAAAUUCAGCCUUUCAAAACAUUCGGGUUCUCUGGGUUUCCUCUCAAAUAAUUUAUCUUCUCCAACAAGGUUAUCUGGGCAUGGCAAUUACAGGCAUUUACUGCUGAAGAAGAAAAUAUUUAAAGGAAUACGAGCAAAAGAUGAGAAGUGGGGAGGAGAUAAAUUGCCCCCCUUUGCCAAUGGAAGUGCAGGGGUCGGGUGCCCUGUUCCUUUCGAUCAGCAACCAGUCAAUGAAUAUAAAAGCUUAGCUGAAUCAGAUUUAUUCUCGUGGGCAAAUGAAGAUUUGGGCAAAUAUGGGCUGCGUCUUAUGGGAAUUGGGACAGCAUUUACAGUAUUUAUAGGAUGGCCUGUGGCAAGCCUGAGCGUGAAUCCCGAUCAAGAGCUACUUAAAUGCGGAGUUGGGGCUUUGUGCGGAGGUUUAUUAGUUGUCACCAUGGCUGCUAUCCGAAUGUAUCUUGGAUGGGCUUAUGUUGGCAACCGACUUUUUAGCGCCACUGUUGAAUAUGAGGAGACUGGGUGGUAUGAUGGAGAGGUUUGGGUGAAACCUCCUGAAGUUUUGGCACGAGACCGAUUACUUGGUUCUUAUUCAGUGAAGCCAGUUCUGAACAGGGUGAAAAUUACAUUAGUUGUUCUUGCUAUAUUAUUGUUUACUGGUAUUGUUCUGUUUAUUAGCCUUAAAAACCCAAAGUUAGAUUCAUCACUAUCCGCGGAGGUUAAUGAACCGUUUGGACAAAGAGCCUACAGUGAUGCAUCAUCAAGAUUAUUUGAACCUGAAGCAUUCACUGGUGAGGCUAAAGAAUCCCAACUUGCUGAUUACUGCAAAUGAAAUUUGAUCAUUUGUUUAUGUGUCGCUUGUAUAUUACACACAUUCAAAUUAAUUCUCUAAUUUAUGAAUUGCCAAAGCCUUUUUAAUAUAUUCCUUCUUAAUGUGGAAAUUGAUGAGGUAUUUGAACGAAGUGUCUAUACUUGCAUCAGCAAGAUUGUCUGAACUUUUGCAAUAAAGAAUUCAAUGGCAGGAGAAGAAUCUUAACUUGA